CAUACAAACAAAACAUCCAUAAAAUAUUGGUCCAAUGUCGGCUUUUUUUUUUUGUCCAUGAAGUUCUCAAUCAAACUCAUGGACCAUACAAUAUCGUCUCAAUCAUGAAAGACAUGUAGAUUAACAACCUCCAGACAGGAAACUUAAUCCCGUAAUAAAUUCUCUCUCGCUCUGGUUUUGAGUAACAAUGGAAACUCCUUACACUUCUUGUGUGGUCGCAUGUUUCUUCCUCCUCUUCUUCCUCUUUCGUUGUCGUCAUAAACUCAAUCAACCACCAGGACCAAAGCCAUGGCCUUUAAUUGGAAAUAUCCAUUUGAUUGGCUCUUCACACCAAUCCAUUCAUCAACUCUCCAAAAAAUAUGGACCCAUCAUGCAGCUUCGUUUCGGCUCCUUCCCUGUCGUCGUUGGAUCCUCUGUAGAAAUGGCAAAGCUUUUCCUCAAAACUCAUGAUCUUACCUUCGUUUAUCGCCCCAAAAAUGCCAUCGGAAAGUAUGUAACCUACAACUAUUCCAACAUCACAUGGUCUCAGUACGGCCCAUAUUGGCGUCAAGCAAGGAAGAUGUUUAUGAUGGAACUUUUCAGUCCAAAAAGACUCGACUCUCAAGAGUACAUAAGAAAGCAAGAAAUGAAUGCUUUUCUUCAAGAAAUUUACAAGGCUUCUUGCCAAGGAUCAAGAAUAGAGCUCAAAUGCUACCUGUUCAACAUGACUUUGAAUGUAAUAAGUCAGAUGGCCUUAGGGAAGAAGUACUUAUCGCUGGAUCAGUCCAAAGACUCCAUUGUUAGUCCAAAUGAGUUCAAAGACAUGAUGGAUGAACUCUUCUUGUUAAGUGGUGUACUCAACAUAGGAGAUUGGAUACCAUGGAUUGAUUUCUUGGAUUUGCAAGGGUAUGUGAAGAGGAUGAAGGCAUUGAACAAGAAGUUGGAUGGAUUUCUUGAGCAUAUACUAGAUGAACAUAAUGAGAGGAGGAAGAGAAUUGAGGAUUAUGUGGCUAAAGAUAUGGUGGAUGUUUUGCUGCAAUUGGUUGAUGAUCCUAAUCUUGAAGUCAAACUUGAAAGGCAUGGAGUCAAGGCACUUAUUCAGGACAUUAUAUCAGGUGGAACAGAUACCUCAGUUUUGACAGUAGAAUGGGCAAUGUCCGAGCUCUUGAAAAAACCAGAGAUUUUCGAUAAAGCAAUAGAAGAGCUUGACAGAGUAAUUGGAAAAGAAAGAUGGGUAGAAGAAAAAGACAUGGAAAAGUUGGCAUACAUUGAAGCAAUUGCAAAAGAGACAAUGAGAUUGCACCCUGCAGCGCCACUGUUGGUUCCAAGAUUGUGUAGAGAAGCUUGUGAAGUUGGAGGUUACAAUAUAAACAAAGGCACUAGAGUAGUUGUGAAUGUAUGGGCAAUUGGAAGAGACCCAACAGUUUGGGAAAAUCCAAAUGAGUUUCAACCACAAAGAUUUGUUGAGAAAAACAUGGAUAUAAAAGGAUUGCGCAACUUUGAAUUUUUGCCAUUUGGUUCUGGAAGGAGGAUGUGCCCUGGUUACAAUCUUGGUUUUAAAGUUAUAUUGUCAACUUUGGCCAAUCUCUUGCAUGGCUUUUCUUGGAGAUUGCCUGACAAUAUGAACAAUGAGGAUCUUAAUAUGGAUGAAGUUUUUGGACUCACAGUUCCUAGGAAAUUCCCUCUCAUUGCUCUUGCUAAACCAAGACUCCCUCUUCAUAAUUAUAAAUUGGAAUGAGAGACCAAAAUCCUUUAUAUAUCUUGGGGCUACUUUUGCUUCUUUUCCUAUGAUGUUGUUUUUAUGUAUUAUUGUGUAUCCUAUUGUUUUGUGAUAAAUGUGUGGUUUUCAAGUUUCAAUUUAGGUUGGUUUAUGUUGUCACAUCUUCACCAAACAAUAAAUAAUAUGGUAUUGUCUAUUUUAAGCAA